AUGGACGGACGGUUUAAGAAGACAUUCGGCCAGCACUUACUGAAAAAUCCCGGGAUAGUGACUACGAUGGUGGAUAAAGCACGCAUACGAGCAACAGACACUGUCUUGGAGAUAGGCCCAGGAACUGGGAAUUUGACUCUGAAGCUUCUGGAUAAGUGCAAGAAGGUAGUUGCCGUGGAGAAAGACAGGAAGAUAGCUACUAACUUAAUCAAGAGAGUAGGCAGCAGAAAGACAAAGCUGCAACUCAUCAUAAACGAUGCUUUAGAAGUAGAAUAUCCAUACUUUGAUCUUUGCGUCUCGAAUACUCCGUACCAAAUAAGCAGUCCCCUCGUCUUUAAGCUUCUAGAGUCUCCAUUUCGCGUGUGUAUCCUGAUGUUCCAGAGGGAGUUUGCUAAUAGACUCUGUGCGACUCCAGGGAGUUCAAGCUACUGCAGACUUUCUGUCUCCGUGCAGGCGAGAGCUACUGUCCAGCACAUCAUGAAAGUCUCGAAGAAGAACUUCCGGCCUCCUCCGAAGGUUGAGUCCAGCAUCGUCCGGAUUGAGCCCAGGAGGAAUAAGAUAGAUAUAGACCUCAACGAAUUUGACGGGAUGCUGAAAAUAUGCUUCAGCCGAAAGAAUAAGACGAUAGGAUCUAUCUUCAAGCAGAGUGCGAUUAAAAACCUCCUUUUCACGAACAAAGAUAAGAUAGAUUCACUUCCUGAAGAUGCUGUGGAGGACUCUCCGGAUGAGCCCACUAGAAUAUCCCCGGAGGAGGAGAAGAGACUUCUGGGGGCCCUGGAGGAGAGCCGCCUGGACAAGGAAAGAGCUUCAAAAAUGACAGUUGAGGACUUUCUGUUUCUCCUUAUUAAGUUCAAAGAGGCAGGAAUCUCCUUCUCCUCCUGA